UUGCAGUUUAUAUAAGUCUGCGCGCGCGCAGAACGCCUUUACUCGCGACGCGCAAGGACGACACCAUGACUGCUCUCUUCUGCUUCACCAUUUGGAUGUUAGUAUCAUCGAGUCAAAGUAUUUCAUCAAAAUUGGACUUCGAUGAGACUGGCGAAUCAUCUUCCUCCGUAACGACGAACAUGAGCCAAGCCAACGAUGAGGACGUGGAAGUCAAACACACAAUAGUUGUCUCCACCAAACUCAAGAACAAUAAUAGGAGAGGGUUGCAUUCUUCUAGUGAUGGGGAGUCAGGAGCGUUAACAUACAAUAUAGGACGUACAGGAAACAAACAGGAAGAUAGCAGUGAAGUACCCAUUGUCUUAGGCCUAAAAUCAGUAGAAACCACGCAAUUAAGAACACCCGACUCCCGUUUCAAGAACAGAGUCUACCCUGACUCAGUUUUCAUAAAUAGAAACAUCCGAGAUGACAUCGACCACUAUCCGAACUCUGCAACAAAUCCAAUGGUAUGGAAACCUUCGAAUUUCUUCAAUAAUAUCAAUUGGAGAAAUCCAGAUAGUGAGAAUCAAAUUUAUAAUCCAAGAGGAACAGUGAAAUUUCACAGGAAAAUUACAGAUGACGGGAUGAAGGAAUUUUACUGCAGGAAAUGUCAGGAGUUUAGCAGAGGAGUUAACCCUGGACAAAGUUCGAGAGGCUGUUUUCAAGGCAGAAAUGCUUGGAUUUACGAAACGACUACGCCAAAGAUAAAAAUUGACGGGAAAUUGGCCAAAUUAAACUAAUGUCGCUGU